GGCGUCGAAUUGCAGCGGGCGCGGGUCAUGGGCACCCGCGGCGGGCUCUCCGAGGCGCUCCCUCUGGCCGGCCUCCUGGCGGGGCUCUGGCUCCUCGCCUCCCCAGGAUGCCAAGGCAAGAAGGUCCAGGUGUCUAUGGUGGCCGAGAUGGAGGUGGUUAUGGGCCAGCAGGUACCCAUCCUCUGCCCUUACACACCGAUGGAAGAGCAGGAUUACCUCCUGGUAGAAUGGUUUACGAUGGACAGGAAUGGUGGGCAGCAGCGCGUGGCCUACAAUGUGAAGGGGACGGUAGGCGUGGACCGAGGAACGGAGUACACGGACCGUGUCCACAUGGAUUCCAACAACAGCCUGGUCAUUACUUCCAUCGAUGUGAGCGAUGAAAAGUUCUUCUCUUGCCAAGUGACCAGCGGUUCUGGGAGUGACACUGGAAGGACCCAACUCAAGGUCUUCGAUCCACCAGAACCCCCUGAGCUUACACGGAACCCGGGGACUCUCUCUGUGACCGCUGAUCUUGCUUUGGAGAUUGCCACGUGCACAGGCAAAAAUGGCUACCCAGCGCCAACCAUCAGCUGGUACAAAGAUGGACAGUUCCUGAAUAUUACCACCGAACACAACAAAGAACUCUACGAGGUGGUGAGGACGGUGAAAGAAGCCUCAGGACUAUAUUCCAGGUCUAGCAUGCUCUACAUGCGCCCCAAAAAGGCCGAUAAGAACUCCAUUUUCCAGUGCAAAGUCAGCUACAAGAUGCCGAAGGGGAAAGUCAGCAUGGAGGAAUCGGAACCUUUCAAUCUCACUUUGCAUUAUUAUACCGAAAACGUGCAAUUUGUCUUGGAUUCGCCAAAAGUCAUCAAAGAAGGAGACGAUGUGCAGCUGCGAUGCCAGGGCGAUGGGUUUCCCCAACCCGAAUAUUCAUUCUUCAAAGUGCAGGGUUCAGAUAACCUGUUAGACCUGCCCACUACCACCGAUGGUAUCCUUCUGCUUCGACAAGUGACCAAGGCUGACAGUGGGACCUACCGCUGUCAGGUACUGGACUUCUAUAGUCCUUCCGAGGUAGAACUGGAGAAAGACGUCAGCAUCUUCAUCCAUUAUCUGGACCCCGUGGUCCUCCACCCAACCAAGGUAGUGAAAGUCAACCGAAGUGAAGACCUUCAGUUGAACUGUUCUGGCAGUGGCUCCAACUUACCCACGUUGUCCUGGAAGAAGGGGAGGCAGCAGUUGGGCAGCGGCAGAACUUUGUCGCUGGAACGGCUGACAUACCCCAUGGCGGGCACGUACAUCUGUGAGGCUUCCGUGCCCAGCAUCUCCGGACUGAAGCGGAACGAGUCAGUCCAAGUUAUAGUAGAAGGAAAGCCAGAGGUAGACAUUCAACAAACCAUCCUCCAAGACCAGACAGUGAAGUUCACCUGUACCGUUUUAGGCCAUCCUCCUCCAGAGAUCAGAUGGAACAUACCUGGUGGGGAGGCUCCCGUAAAACACUCGGCAAAUAAAUAUAUUUCCGAAUUGUUAGUGGAACUAACCCCCAAGCUAAUCCAAAGUGGGGUUCAGUGCACAGCAGAGAAUAAAUAUGGCUCAACCAGAAAGAACUUUGAGCUGAAAAUGGUAACCCCAACACCCUCAGUCUCUUCGAAGCCAGCUCGUAAGUAUAUCCUUUCCGUUUCUCCCUUUCUGUCUGUGCUCAUCAGAAACGGGCAGUUCAGGACGAUGGGAGUUGUAGUCUAACGCAGCUGGGAAAAC